UAUUAGUCGGCCGCGCGCGCUCCGGCAAGCAUGUGUUCCGCGUGACGCGCUCCCAUACAUCGCGGCGGCACGUUCGAUUUCGUUGAGUCGAUCGUGGUGCAGCAUGGCUCCGCGACGGCAAGGCGCCACGGGCGAGCGCGAAGCCGACGACGGCCGCGGCUGCUGCGUGCCCGGCGAGUGCCUGCGCGCCCGCGACCCGGUGCGCGUGGAGGACGCCGUGCGCGUGUUGUGCAACAACGACACGUGCGCCGCCGGCCGGUACAUGCACAGAGAAUGCUUCGAGCAAUGGGAGGCCGGCGUGCUCGCCUACCUCAAGUCCUGCGGCCGCGCCCGCUCGUGGUCCGAGAGGCAGAGACACCAGAAUCUCUGGACGAAGAAAGGUUACGAUUUGGCGUUCAAGGCGUGCGGCUGCCGCUGCGGUCGCGGCCACUUGAAGAAGGACCUGGACUGGACCCCGCCCGGCGCGGCUAUCAGAGCUGAUGAUGAGAAAAAGAAGCGCAGGAGAGCUCGGUCGGGCCGCGCUCCGGCGCCGGUGGACGUGCGCUCCAGGGCGUUCAGUAUCUCCAGCUCUGGCUCCUGCUCCCCGCCGUCCGCGUCCUCGGAGCCUUCGACGAGUCCCACACACGCGCCUCCUCUCACACUGACUCCCGCCAAGAGAAACUCGAAGCCCGAACUUGUUUCCGACAGGAUCAGAGCGGGUGCUGGUGCAAAUGGGAUAUUUUCAAGAAGACUGGACUUCUCAACAUUCAACCUUCUACCCAAGCACAAGGUCAACUCAUAUCAGAUAAAGAUCGAGGACGAGGGUAACCACGGCAACGAUGACACUCGGCUGUUCAUCCUCUCAACACUCGCGGGGCAACACAAACCUCGCGUAUCCUGCGCUUUAUGCAAGGAGACCCUGCACGUCUUCGACCGAUAUCCGCUUGUGGAUGGAACCUUCUUCCUCAGCCCUCGGCAACACACGAGCAGCGCCGUUGAGGUGAAAGUGGAAGGGCGCACGCAAUAUCUGACGUGCGUUUGCAUGGGAUGCUUGGAGCGAUGCGACCCAGACCGUACGAUCCGAUGCCGCUUCUGCGGACAAAAAUGGGACGGCGCGUCUCUGGUUCUUGGCACUAUGUACUCCUAUGACAUCUUCAUGGCUACACCAUGCUGCGCUGAGAGAUUGAAGUGUAACAACUGCUACAAGCCGCUCGUGCACCCGCACCAGCGGCUGAACUACUCCGACUACUCGCACCCGCUGACGUGCCCGCACUGCCGCGUCGUCGACACGCACUUCGUGAAGCCGCUCACGUACUGCUUCACGAAACGGGUUUUCCCGCUCUUCCAGCAGUGGCCAUAACAAACGGC